AUGUCUUGUGGUGGUGGAGGAGGAGGAACAGCAAUUGAAGAGAGACAUAAGGAAGGAAAAACAAAAAUGAUUGGUUUGGACCAAAUCCUUAGCAAAUCUUCGUCCCUAAUCACAGGAGGCUGCAAAAUAGCCUGGAAGCACAUUGGCUAUGUGAUUGACUACAAGAAGAACAUUGAAAAUCUCCUAAACGAAACCGAAAAAUUUGAAAAUGAGCUAACAAGGAUCGAUGGAAGGGUCGAGAGAGCCAAACACAUUGGUCUAAUCCCCGAGGCUGACGUUCUGCAGUGGAUAGCGUCAGCAAAGGGGAUCAAAGGAGAUGUGGAGGCAUUACUGGUAGAAGCAACAAGAGAAAACAUGUGGUGCCUCAAAUGUUGUCCGAAUGUUUCUCAGCGUUACAAGCUAGGCAAGGAAUCCAAAGUGAAGACGGCUAGUGUCAUUAGGGUAAAAACACUGUUUAAAACAAUUGAAGAGAGACAUAAGGAAGGAAAAACAAAAAUGAUUGGUUUGGACCAAAUCCUUAGCAAAUCUUCGUCCCUAAUCACAGGAGGCUGCAAAAUAGCCUGGAAGCACAUUGGCUAUGUGAUUGACUACAAGAAGAACAUUGAAAAUCUCCUAAACGAAACCGAAAAAUUUGAAAAUGAGCUAACGGGAAGGGUCGAAAGAGCCAAACGCAAUGGAGAAAUCCCCGAGGCUGAUGUUCUGCAUUGGAUAGAGUUAGCGAACGGGAUCAAAGGAGAUGUGGAGGCAUUACUAGUAGAAGCAACAAGCGAAAACAUGUGGUGCCUCAAAUGUUGUCCGCAUGUUUCUCAGCGUCACAAGCUAGGCAAGGAAUCCAAAGAGAAGACAGCUAGUGUUAUUAGUCACAAAGACACCGGCAGACAGUAUAUGACAAUAGAAGUGGCAUGGCAUGCACCUGCUUUGAAAUUUGGGAACAAUUUCUCUCAAGGUUACGUGGCUUUUGAUUCAAGAGAAGAGAUCUUUGAGGAGAUCAUGAAAGCGUUGGCCGAUCCUUGCAUUAAAAUGAUUGGUCUAUACGGACCAGGCGGUGUUGGCAAGACCACAAUGGCAACAGAGGUUGGCAAGCUAGCAAAGCAAAAUGAGCUAUUUGAUGAUGUUGUGAUGGCAACUAUCUCCCAAACCCUGAAUGAGAAAGCUGUUAAAGAAAAACUAGCGCUCCAAUUGGGACUAACACUAGAUGGACACGCAUAUCAACUAUAUCAUAGAUUGAACAAUGGGGAAAGGAACCUCGUAAUAUUGGACGAUGUUUGGAAACCACUUGAUUUGGCGGACAUUGAAAUUCCAAUUACUGAUGGUAAUAAGGGCUGCAAAGUUGUGAUAACAUCACGGAAAAGAGGUUUGUGCCAAAAUAUGUCAGUGCCAGUCAAUCAGAACGAUUCCUUGAAUGGAGUCAUAGCGAUGCCAAAAGCAUGGACCAAAGAGUUCAUGAUAGGAGUCUUACGAGAGCCAGAAGCAUGGGCCCUAUUUAAGAAAGUCGCCGAAAAAUUUCUGUGGAAUCUGAAAUCCCUUCUAAAGCAAAGGAAGUGUGUGACAAAUGUGGAGAUAAAAGAAAUUGCGGAUAUCGAUCAAAAUUUGUUAAUCUCAUUAAAUUGGAGCUAUGAUCGUCUAGAGCCCAGGGAUGCACGGUCAUGCUUCUUGCUCUGCUCUUUGUUUCCAGAAGAUGCUGAGAUUUCAAUUGACGAAUUGGUGAGAUACAGCAUUGGGAUGGGGUUACUUGAUGAAAACCUAAAUAUAUUUGAUGAAGUAAGAGAUAGAGUACUUGCGAUGGUUGAUGUCCUCAAAACAUCUUGUUUGUUGUUAGAUGACACACAUGAAAGUGUGGUCAAAAUGCAUGAUAUUAUUCGAGAUGUCGCUAUAUCGAUCUCAGAAGAUGAGAAAAGAUAUCUAGUAAAACAUGGUAUCGAGAAGUGGCCAGAGAAAAGCAAAUAUGAACACUACUCGGCAAUCUCAUUAAGGUUCACUGCAACUAUUCAUGAGUUUCCCAAUGAGUUGGACUGUAGAGGACUCCAUACCUUGGUGUUAAAGUGCGACAAUGACUCACCAACAGAUUUUCCAAACAAUUUUUUCAAUGGAAUGGAAAACAAUCUUGAAGUCCUAGAUCUGAGUGAAAUGCCUAUAAAGAGCCUGCCAUCAUCACUUCUGACAUUAGUUAAGCUUCGGAUGUUAUGUCUAAAUGUCGGCCGAUUGAUGAGAGACAUAGCUUUAUUGGAGAGUUUAAGGAACCUUGAGAUACUUAGCCUUCAACAUAUGGAAAAGGUUCUGCUUCAUGAUGAAGAUGGAACAGGGUUUUCUGAACUACAGUAUCUUGAAGUCGAAGAAUCUGAUGAUGUUGAACAUUUUCUUGGCACACCAGAAAGGUUUCUAGAAUCUCAACCACAAAUUCCACCAGGUUCUUUUUGUAACUUGUGUGAAUUGCGUCUUGGAAAUUGUCAAUUUAAAUUUCUCUUCACACACUCCAUUGCAAGAGGUCUUGAGCGACUCCAACAUCUAGAAAUAGAACACUGCGAGGAUAUGGAAGAAAUUAUUAGAAAUGAAACACAAGGAGAUGAGGAGGAAAUUAUUUUUCAUCAUUUAAAAAAAAUGGUGUUAAAGAACUUACCCAACCUUAGAAGCUUCUAUUCGAGUAUGAAAAACACUUCAACAACAGAGGCAAACAAUUCUAACUCUUCACGACCUCUCUUUUGUGAAAAGGUGGCAUUUCCUUCCCUGGAGGACUUGGAAAUCAGUAAUGUAGGAAACAUAUCAGGGAUAAUAGGGGACAACCAAUUAAAACUCCAAGUCCAACAAGAAGAGAAUGAAUCAUUUUGGCAACUAAGGAACCUACCGCGUCUCCGAGAUCUACGUAUAUUCCGAUGCUCCAAACUGAAAGCAAUAAUAGUAACUAAUAAGGAAAGAGGGGCCCACAAUAAGCCUCUUAUUUUUUUUGAACUGCGUUCUCUAAAGCUUUCUGGGUUAUAUAAUCUCAAGAGUAUCUGUGACUAUUGUGGACCUGAAGGAGAAGAGGGAAUAGAAAUUCCAGAACCACUACCCCUCUUUAAUGAAAAGGUUGUGUUUCCUUGCUUGAAAGAAUUGACAAUUUGGGGCGUGGGCAACUCUGAACAGAUAUGGAUAAGCACACCUCCCACCAACUCCUUCAACAAACUAGCAAGUUUAUCUGUGGGUUGGUGCGACGAAUUACUGUAUGUUGCUCCAUCAGAACUACUUGGAAGUUUGCAGAAUCUACAAUCACUUGAGAUAAAAUAUUGUUCGUCCCUAAAAGAGAUAUUCAAAACCAGAGAAUCAAAUGUAAGGGAAGGAAUAGUUUCAAGAGAUGAAGCAACAAGCGAACAAAUUGAAAUUAUUUCUGUGCUCCCUCAAUUAGAAAGGGUUUCCCUUGAACAAUUACCAAACCUGAUAAGCUUUUGCUCUGGGUAUAAAUUGCCACCAUCAGUACAAUUGUCAAUACAAGAAUGCCCUCCAUUCCAAUGAAGAGGUGAUUCAAUAUUGAGAUAUGUUCAAACAAGGUUAGCUCUGCCUUUCCGCGGAGUUUCAGAUUAUCAAAGAAAAAUUGGUUCAUUAUCAUCUUAUGUUAGCUAGUUCAUCACAAAUAUGCUGAAUGAGGGUUAUUUGUUCAUUUGGAUGUGUCAAAAAUGAUUUUAUUUUUAUUUUUUUUGAUUGAAGAUUUGCUUGGUUUGGGCUACAUAAUAAGUAUGUAAAUCUAAGAGACCAUUUGAUUAUGUGUACUACUAUAUAUUGUUAUGAACCAUGGUUGUGUAUGCUGGUGUUGGAUUUGAAAAAUAUUAUUGUGUGGACUAAUAU